AUGAAAACACAACGCCAGGACCAUGUAUUCUCUGGGACGCCAGAGCGCCUAGCUAGCCUCCGAGGUACCUGUCUCCUUCGAGAUCGAUAUCGAUGUGUCAUUUCACGCAAGUUCGACGCGGCUGAAGCCGAAAGGCGCUUCCAGAAAUAUGGUGAAAAUAAUGCUAUGGAUCAAGACGGAGUUCCCUUGGCCGAUCCUGGACAAGAAUUCGACUAUCUGGAGGUCGCACACAUUCUCCCACACUCUCUGACUAGUCUCGAUUCUUCUGGAGCGCUGAGCUCUACGAAAGCAGCGGCACUGGCUGUACUUAAUAUGUUUGACGCUGGUGUUGCCUACUUGAUCGAAGGAGUCGAUAUUGACCGACCGACUAACGCUCUCACGCUGGCUGUUAGUCAUCACAUAUCUUUCGGCGAUUUUCGGGUCUACUUUGAGCCCGUUGGAGAGACGCAUACAUAUCGGAUAGGCACAUUUCGGCGGGUUGGUUUUGCAAAGAAUUUCCCUGUCACUCGAACCCUCUUCCUCACCGAGGACCGGAGUAUCGAUCCGCCGUCUGCUCGGCUGCUUGCUGUUCAUCGUGCUAUUGCGCAUAUUUUGCACCUUUCCGCCGCCGGCGACUAUAUUGAUCACGUGCUGAGAGAUGUUGAUGAAGUCGGAAUCCGAGCAGAUGGGUCGACUGAUCUAUCACGAUUGUUGAAACUCAGACUCGGAGAGGCCUCAGGCCAUCACAAAAAUUGGCCACUGGAAGCAUAA